UUUCCCAUUUACUUAUAACCGGAAGUUUAUAGCAAUCAAGUUCAAAAAUGCGACAUAUUUUCGUAAUUUAUGGGAUUGUCAUCCAAGUAAGUUUAAUUAAGAAUACAAACUGUUUGGAUAUGGAAAAACUUGAGUCUUUGGGUAUAAAUAGUGAUGUUUACAUAAGUGAUAUUGCAGUUUAUUUAAACAGGGCCUUUUUAACAAUCCCACGGACAAUUUGUGAUAAUAAUGUGACACACCCAACUUUCGUGGAAGUACCAUGGAAGGAAUAUAAUGUUAUUUUAAAAAGCAGAUUUAGUAAACAUAUAGAAGACCAAAUUUGGGCAGAGUGCGAUAACCUACAAAACGCAAUUUCUUUGGCAAAAGAAGGUCCUAAGGCUAAACUGUGGAUUUUAGAUAAGGGAAAUGAGUUUUGUCCUCCAAAGCUAAUGACCUACAGUAUAUUUCAUAACAAAUUUUUGGAGGAAGAAAUUAUAGAGUUAGCCGAUAUACCAAAAGAGGGAUUAAGCACUAUAGUGGUUGAAAAUGAACCAACAAUCGGUAAUCAUAGGGCUUUCAUAGCUAACGCCGGAGAAAAUACCAUAUUAGUAUGCUUCCUCGCCAAAUUAGAAUGCAACAAAAUUAAUCUGAUAGAAAAGCGAACCCCGCCAUCAACAGUACUUGUAGAUUUUCUGGAUAUUUCUAAAACUGAUUCAACCAUGUAUUUAACAGGACUUCAAUCGUCAAACCUAUGGUCCUUUGAUUUGGCAAAUUUACCCACUGAAAGUGGAAAAAAGCAUGAUCCUCCUUUUGCGGUCAAUGUGAAAUGGGUUGGCGAAACUCUAGGACUUUCUAGCGGAUUAGAAACUGAUUACAAGAAUGGUCUUCUUUACUAUCUUACUAAGGAUUAUGCUAUUGUAAGGUGGAAUACUGAGGAGGUGUUACAAGCAGAAAAUCACGAAGUAUUGGCACAAUCUUAUGAGAAACUUGCAUACGUUUCCCGACUCUUUACGGAUUCUCAAGGAAGUGUGUAUGCUUUGGUAAAUCCAUUUGGUCCAUUUACAUGUAAUAAUGAUACAGCAGAAGUGAAUCUGGAUAGUUUAGAAAGAGUGCAGCAGAUUAUGAAAUAUAACAGAUUAUUGGAUAGGUUUUUUUUUUAAAUAAAAUUUUAAUCUAAAAAAAUA